UGCGAUUGGUCGGUGUUAAGCGUAAACUCUUCUGAUUGGUCGGUGGAUCGUCCGGGAGCAGCUGAUUGGUCGGUGGCCAUGAUGGGGAAGGACUACACUUUGGCCAUUCUCAUCGUGAACUAUGACGAUAACCUGUGGAUGGACCAGAACCUCCAGUCUGACCCCGAGCUCCCGUCGGGCUGGAGGACCAUCACCGACUCAACGGGGACCUACUACUGGCACCUGCCGACGGGUGCGACGCAGUGGGAGCACCCGAGGGAGAGCGCCGCCAGGGGGAGGGGCCAGGGACUGCAGGAGGAGACGAGUCCCAGCGACAAACCAGAAGAACUGCACAGAUCCUCCUGGCACGAAGAUCUGCCCCACCACGACCCCGACACCAAGGUCUUCUCCGUCCGGUCUUUGGGCUGGAUGCAGGUUCUGGAGGAGGACCUGGGACCGGGCCGGAGCAGCAUCGCCGUGAGUCACGUGAUCCAACAACUGUCCCACCAAAACCAGACGGACCCGGCUGAACCUCUGGAAGCCUGUGGAGAGGGGAGGGACAUGAAGCUGGUUUUGAAGAAGGACUCGCUGAUCCUAUUGGACCCUUUAGACCACACCCCCCUGCACUGUCAGCCAAUCAGCAGCAUCCGAGUGUGGGGCGUGGGCUGCAACAACGGCAGGGACAGGGACUUUGCAUUCGUGGCCGGAGACAAAGACUCGUGUGUCCUGAAGUGUCACGUUUUCAGAUGUGACGUCCCAGCGAAAAGUAUCGCUACUGCAUUACACCAACUCUGCUCCAAGAUGAUGUCAGAGGAAAGUUGUCGUCCUUCUCGUUCUCUCACUUUGGAGUCCAUCUCUCCACAGGACUUCCCCCGACAAGUGGAGUGUGUGGAGGCCGUGCAGCAGCAGGUGCAGAAGUUUCCGGUCAAAUACGUGGGGAACCUCCCAGUGUCCACAGCCAUGGGGAUGGAGGUCGUGAACCGAGCGAUCGAGAGCCUCAUGACCUCCGACCCCGAUGACUGGGACCACGCCCACAUCCACGUCUCCCACAGCGCCCUCGCUCUGUGGAGGGGAGAGGAGUUGCUGUGGGACUUGCCAGUGCGUUUCCUCACCUUCCUCGGCGUGGGGCAGGACUCUCACACUUUUGCCGUGAUCGUGGACAAAUUCAGGAGGUUCCAGUGUCACGUGUUCUACUGUGACCCACACGCAGGAGACGUGUCCGAGGCCGUGCAGGCUGCGUGUAUGGUGCAGUACCAGCGCUGUCUUGUGGCGCAGACACCGCGCCUCCGGCCCAAAGUCAAACGCGCCGCGUCCGUCGACGCCACGGCCACAACUCUGUAUCAUCUCCGUGGUAACGGCUCAGGCUCUGCCCUCAGCAGCAGCCUCAGCAACAUGAGCGGCGCCGGCGUCAGCGUCAGCGGCGUCCGGAGGGUCAUGGCCUUUUUCGACACGCUCCGAAACAAACCCACCGCCACCUCCUCCUGAGGACUAC